AUGACAGUAGAUGGUCCCCCACCAAAAGAUGAAGAUACAGUUCGUCUGCCGAAAGCAGGAGGCCUCGCUGGACCUGGUCAGUCGAAGCCAGUGGGAAGGGGGAUGCCUGUAAUGCCGCCUGGCAUGCCACCGGUUCCUGCUGCUGGUCUCGCUGGAGCAGUCAGGGGUGUUGGUGGUCCGGCAAUGGGUAUGAUGCAGCCGGGUUACGGUGCGCCACCGCCCGGUAUGCCUCCUAUGCCACCGCGUCAGCAGUUCUAG